AUGAACCAGGCCACCUCCCUCCCUUUGCCGCCUCCUUCGUCGUCAAUCGAACGACUUAAUCUUGAGCUGGCUCCUGUGAUUGAGGAGUUGAGGAACAUCUGCGAGCAGGAUCCGAUUUCUCCGCAACUCGCCCUGACGGCAACCGAAAGCUUGCUCCGGCUGCGUCAUACCUUUAUCGAUAACGACUGCCCUAGGGAAGCAAAGGAUUGCUUCCGACAUCAGAAUGGUUUCCAAUUGUUGUUGGUCCUCAUUAGCAAGCUCGCGGAGAUCUAUGAUGCGGAACUACCCAAGGAUGAGAAGAAGAGUCUAUUGACUCUACACAAGGAUGCGUUGGAGGUCCUGGCGGAGGGCUUAAAGGAACAUUUCGGAAAUCAACGAUACUUUACAAAGAAGAUUCCCGGUGGGGGCAAGACGGUGUUGGAGAAGUCUUUGUUAACUCUGGCCACUAAACUGGGCAGUGCGGAGGCUGAGACACAGCAGUUCUAUGGUGGAAUUCUGGCAGCAGCACUCUGCCAGGAAACUGUAGCUGGGUUGUUCACAGCUCUAGCGGCGGAAUCUCAGCUGAAUGAAAAUUCCUUAUCUCCUGAUGACGUCCGCCAAUCUGUGGACAAAGGUAUGGGAACAUCGGAGACCGUGGAAGUUUCCGAAUUUCUGGGGCUCUUUAUUCGCGUAUGGUUGAUGCAGUCCUCGCUCUUUGGACACCAUAAAACUCAAAGACUGGCAGUUCCGGCCUGUCUCUGCCAGCUCGCAUCGCAAUCUGAAAGGAAUGUUGUAGCUCUGCAUGCUACUGGGAUGCUAACCUCCAUCUUACCAUUGUUAUUCAGCAAUGACUGUUCUGAAGACGAGAAAUCGUUAUACCAAGAACUUGCUCGACUACUCUGCACUCAAGGACUGAGCAAUUUGGAUGAUGCUGUUGCCCUCUACCGCAAUGCGCACGGUAGCUCUGACAUCCUGCGGUUCCUACUCGACGUGUUAAAGCGGUCUAAACAACCCCCAUUUAUACAUUUCGAUUUGUCAUUGCAUGGGUACUGCUCCGUGGAGUUCUCUAGUCUAGGCCGUACAUUCCCGCCAGCGAUCUCUGCGGGCUACACUUUAUCAGUAUGGGCUCGGUUUGACCGGUUUGAUACUAGUACGCAUACAACCAUAUUCGGGGCAUUUGACGCGCGCCAAACAUGCUUUCUGCUCAUGUACCUUGAAAAAGACACCCGCCAUUUGAUAUUGCAAACUUCCAUAAGCGGCCCUCGCCCCAGUGUCCGAUUUAAGUCCAUUUCUUUCCAACCUAAUCGAUGGUACCAUAUUGCUCUUGUCCAUAAAAAGCCCAGACCACCAUCAUACUCCCGAGCUUCGCUAUUCAUAGACGGUGAAUUCGUCGAACAACUGAAGAUAGAGUAUCCGAACGUUCCAGUGACCGGUGUUCCUAACAAAACACCGCGGGUGCAAGCAUUCUUCGGAACCCCGCAGGAUCUGGCGAUGAGGUUGGGAAAGGGCGUGUCGACCUCUCGAUGGUCUCUAGCAGGUGCGACACUGUUGGAUGAGGCAUAUAGCGACGACAUGAUUUCUGUUUUCUAUAAUCUCGGCCCUCGGUAUUAUGGCAACUUUCAAGACUGUAUGGGGUCCUUCCAAACCUACAGAGCAUCUGCAGCCCUGAAUGUCCGAAAUGAACAUCUUCACCCCGGCAAAGAAGAGCUCUCCGAUAUCGUCACAGCAAUUCGAAGAAAAGCAAGUGCGCUAGUUCGUGAAGGGUCAAUUUUGGUCAACGUCUCCCCAGUUGCCAUUCUAGAUGACGAUGAUAGCAGCAAUGUCGACGAGUCGCAACUUGUCAGGUGCUUGUCCCGGCCGGCAGCUAGAAACUUACAGCAACUUACCAAAGCUGGCGGCAAUUCGGUGGCUGUCAAUGGUGCGACGCCUGCGAUAAAUGGUGCACUGACGCAAACUCACGGAGUGGGAAUCUUGGCAGGCGACCCUGUCGUUGCGGUGCCACAAUCUUUAGAUGAUGCAAGCUGGCGCCUUGGCGGCUGUGCAGCGGUGCAUCUGAGCCUGGUCCAGGCGGCCAGUACUGCAGACUCUCUUGUGAUGGCGGUAGAGGUGCUGUACGAGUCUGUUCAGGAUAACUGGAGAAAUAGUGAAGCCAUGGAGCGGGAGAAUGGCUAUGGAAUACUCGCGGCCUUGCUGCGUGAGAAACUGGGCUGCCCAUUGGGUAACUAUACCGCAGCCCCAAAGACAUCUGUCGUAUGCUCCGGUUACGAGGAGCGAUCGGCGGUGGCCUCCAGACUCCUCCGCUUGACCCUUGGUUUCGUGGGUUAUGACUUUGAGCAUCCGCAUCGCUCCAUCAUUGUCAACCCACUUGCAUACAGAAUUCUCAUGGUUGAUUUGGAUAUAUGGAGAUUCGGCGAACUCGAUCUCCUCGAGCUGUAUUACUCCCAGUUCUGUAUCUUUGCCACUGGAGGCCCUUAUCGUCGCUUUAAUGCAAAGCGCCUCUCUCGGAUGCGUGUCACCAAGAAGCUGCUGGAAGCUCUGAAGGGAGAGGAUUUCACCCUAGAUGGCUUGCGUCUUUUCACAAAGGCCUUCAAAUCGCUUAUGGAGAGUUGCCUGUCUGCGGACUUACUCCGUUCCCUGGCCCUUUUCAUUACCUACGCUUUGCACAAACCGAAGGCACCGACUAAGUUGCAGAAAAAGAAGAGCAUUCGGCUGAACUCAUCUCCGCAGCUAUCAACGUCUUCCCCUGGAAAGCGGGUAUAUGUAUCGAGCUCUGCUAUGGCAGUCGAGAUGCUGCAAAUGUAUUGUUCUGUUCUUUGCAAUGUUCACGAUCUCUUAUCGUUGACGAAGUUCGCUCGGGCCGUGACAAAUAAGUGGCUUCUGUAUCUAAUAUGCGAAGAUGACCCUGAAAUUGUCAUCCCUGCAAUGAGAAUCCUAGCCCGUCUAGUUGUCUUCCACGGUAGCAAUUACAGCAAAAAGUUCUCCGAAAGGAGCGGUGGAUACAUCGUGCUGCAACAUUGCCUGAAAAGAUGGUGGAAUGUACCCGCUUUAUGGACCAUAUGUUUUGCUGUAUUGUUUGGAGUCGAUGUUGGAUCGGUGGAUGUUGAUCGACCCUUUGAUGGCUCCAAUCUGGUAGAGACACUCUCUGCAGGCGAUAAAACGAAAGUUGUCUUUCCAGAAAUGUUGCCUGUGAUCACCGAAAUGAUGAGAAGUGGCCUGAGAAAGGUUGUAUUGGCCGAACACAGCUUGGAGCAGCGCAAUGGUUCACUGAAGGAACGAUUGGCACAGAUGACAAAGCCGAAUAUGUCUUCAUCGAGACCUGUCGAUCAAACUAUUGAAGAAGUUUCGCUUUUAGCUGCUGCUAUCGAACUUCUGGCUAUGGUUCACGCCAAGUCGGAAGAUUUUCGCGAAUUUGCAGUGCAGUCCAAUUACGUACAGGGACUACUCCGUGUGCUGUUUCCAGUUGUUGUUGGGUCAGAUAUUGUCAACGCGGACGUCGAGCUGAAUUCUCAUGAUGGCGGGCUCAGGCUGGAUGAUCUAAACUUGGCCAUCCGCCCCAAGUCGGCUGGCGCAGCAGAGUUACGAACAAGAACAGUGGAGCAAGGAGGGACUCAUCGGAAUAGCCGUGGUCAAAAGCCUCUGCGCCGCGGAUCGUCCUUCAUCCUCGUUUCAUCCGAUCAAGGACACCUCGCACCUUCUCAUGCACGUUUACACCGUGCGUUCACGCCCUCCCAUGCUAAGGAAAAUGGGGCUGCUACGGAUAAUCCUGUUGUGAUUAGCAUCUUGGGCCUCGUUCUCGCCGUGUUCACCGACCAAUUACUCGAGCGAAAAGACUUUUCAGGCCUAGGUCUUUAUCUCAAGACACCACCUGGAUUCCUGGAACAUCAAGCAUGCUUCAAUUCGUGGUUAACGAAACAUCUCUUUUCGGCCCUGCAAGAUGCUGUAUCGCCAGAGGCCCAGCUAUUCUUGGAGCCGAGAACACUCACCAACCUAGGACGCUUGGCUGCUCAUGUUGCAGAAGCCAUGUACGAAGGUUGGUUUAUUGACGGUACAACCGCUACUCUUGAGUUUCUGGGAACGAUUCUGGAAUAUCUGCAGCGCCCGGAUAUUUCCAUGCUGAAGAGUGUUCGCCUUUGUAAUCAAGCCAUUGCGACGAUGCGGUCGACUCUCUUCCGGGCCGUGCUACUCAAACUGUCAGAGGCGGAUGAUCGGGAGACACUGGUGUUUCUGAAGCGUCUCAAUUACUGGCAAGCGGUGAUUCUCUCUACUGAAGAGUCUCAUUCAGAAUACCUGCAGCUGUUAUGCUAUCAGCUCUAUACCAAGCUAGUCAGCAAGAACGAAGAUGUCCGCCGGGCUGCCGUGGGUCUCUGGCGCAUCAUUUUGGUGCAGAAACCGGAUGAUAUGUCUGCAAUUCUGAGCCAUGCGGCAGCGCCCCUUCAAAAGCGUCUCCUGGAUGAUUUCGACGCCCUUGUCGGGAUGGAAGAUGCUGCUUUCCUGCAAUGGAUUGCCGAUCGAGGGGAUGACCUCAAUGCCUUGUUUUUGGAGGCACUAGGUAGAUCGUGGGACCAUUUCGUGCAAGAGGAGGAUGCAAGUACAGCGACCUCAGCACGCGUUCGCGUCUCGAAGCGUCAAGAUAAAUUAAAGCAAUGGGUUCAAAGUGAAAAAGUCAGCGAAGAGGCGAUUCGCAAACAUGAAGCCACGCAUCCACACUGGAUAUCCAACAUAUCGGCCUCGGAGUUCUUGAAGUACCAAAGGUCUCUGCAAGAUCAACAGGAUGAUUUGAUGUUCAUAUGGUCGACUUUUGCUCGUCUAUUAAUGGACCUUCAUCGUUUCGGAGGGGUUCUCGUAGAAUAUCGAGAGACAAAAUGGCGCCUUGACCAGACAGAAGGGCGGAGUCGCAUGCGGCUACGCGUAGUUCCAGACACGUCCAACGAACGACAAGAUUAUCAACCGAAAAAGAGAAAGGUUUCAGAACCACCGGCAAUCAAGAUCAACACUCAAGUUCCAUCAGCUUCUGGUGGGGAUGCGAUGCCUUUGACGCCAGUGGAGAGCAAUCUCCAAGCUGUGGAAGCAGACAAAGGUGUUCUGGAGGAAAGCUUUGAAAUGAUCGACGACCCGAAAGCGGUCAUGGCAGACUAUGAAGAUAAGAACCGAAAGGUCAUGCGGACUUUGCAUCGUGGCGAUCAGGUUCAGAAUGUCUGCAACAUGUCUCGGGUCAUUGGGUUGGAGGCUUGCGAGGGCCUCCUUAUCCUGGGCAAGGACCAUAUUUACCUACUUGACAAUUUCUUCCAACGGUCCGAUGGCGAGAUUGUUAAUGUUUGGCAAGCCCCCCCAGAAGAGCGGGAUCCGUACGUUCGAAUGAUUGCUGGACGGGAAGACGAUGAACGGAAACCCCAGGAGCACGAAACGAGGAGUUGGAAAUGGUCCGAUUUGGUCAGCGUGUCGAAGAGACGUUUCCUAUUUCGUGAUGUGGCACUUGAAAUCUUCUUUACGGACGGUAGCAGCUUCCUUUUGACGCUUGUCUCAUCGAAGGCCCGGGAUGACCUGUCCAGCCAGCUGGGUUCCAAGGCUCCUCAGGUGACUGGAAGCGUUGGGCACUCGCGACCAGAGGAUAUACGGAGGUUUGAGACCCUUCGGAGCCAAGAGGAUGCUCCGCAGACUCUUGGGUCCAAAUUUGCAAGUGUCUUUGGUCAUUCGCCGGAGAACCCAGCGACCCGAAAAUGGGUCAGAGGGGAGAUAUCGAAUUUCCACUACCUUAUGUUGGUCAACACUCUCGCUGGGAGGACUUUCAAUGACCUGACGCAGUACCCUGUUUUCCCAUGGGUACUCGCUGAUUAUACCAGCGAGGAAUUGGACCUGACAAAUCCCAAGAGCUUCCGUGAUCUGUCGAAACCGAUGGGUUGCCAGACGUUGGAAAGAGAGGCAGAGUUCAGAGAACGAUACAAUGCCUUCGCGGAAAUGGGCGGAGAUGACUCGCCUCCGUUCCAUUACGGGACGCAUUACUCUUCUGCUAUGAUCGUUAGCUCGUACCUUAUUCGUCUGCAGCCGUUUGUCAAAUCAUAUCUUCUUCUACAGGGUGGCACGUUUGAUCAUGCUGAUCGCCUGUUCUAUUCGGUUGCAAAGGCCUGGGAAUCCGCCUCGAAAGGAAACAUGUCGGAUGUUCGCGAGUUGAUCCCGGAGUUCUUCUAUCUUCCCGAGUUCCUGGUUAACGCCAACAACUACGAGUUUGGAGUCCUUCAAAACAUGACCACAGCCAUCGACUCGGUAGAAUUACCCCCAUGGGCCAAAGGCGACCCCAAGAUUUUCAUCGCCAAACAACGGGAAGCCCUCGAGAGCCCCUACGUGACGCAAAACCUGCAUCACUGGAUCGAUUUGGUAUUUGGGUGCAAGCAGAAAGGUGACGCCGCUAUCGAAGCAGUCAAUGUCUUCCAUCAUCUGUCUUACCAGGGCGCGAAGGAUAUCGACAACAUUGAUGAUCCAGUAGAGCGGCUGGCUACGAUUGGGAUCAUUCACAACUUUGGGCAGACACCGCAUCAGAUAUUUAGCCGGCCGCAUCCGCAACGGGAGGAUUUGAAGUAUAAGGCGCCACGGUUGGAUCGGCUUGCAGAAUCAUUGACGCAGCUUCCCGUUUCGCUUCUUGAUAUCGAGGAGCGGGUAGCGUCACUGUCCAUGAAGCAAGAUCGGUUGUUAUGUGCUGCUCCAUUGCGAUUGAACAUUCCUCCGACUUAUGACAAGUAUAUGGAAUGGGGAUUCUUUGAUGGUAGUGUCCGGUUCUACUCAGCGGAAAGUAGAAAGCUGCUGGGCCACUUUGAACAUCUCCAUGUCGGACAGCUGUCGUGUGCGAUCUUUGCGGAUUCGCGAACACUAGUGACGGCUGGUAGAGACUGCACUGUUUCUAUCUGGACGUACACUUCAGGCAGCAAAUCCGUCGAUCUGCAACCGGCAGGAACCUUAUUUGGCCAUCGUUCGCCUAUCACAGUUCUUGCGGUUUCGCGUUCGUUUAGCACUCUUCUGACAGCGUCGAGUGAUGGACAAGUCAUGCUCUGGGAUCUAAACCAACAAUCCUUUGUGAGGGAGCUUCCGACCAAUGGACCGGUUGAUUGUGCUCGCGUCAACGACGUGACUGGGGAUAUCGCUGUGUGCCGUGGAAACUGCAUCAGUUUGUACACGCUAAAUGGUGCGCUACUGCUUCGCCAGGAUAUUUACGAAUCGGCCGAUGACCAUAUCCUAUCGUGCGUGUUCUACGAGGGAGUUAGUGAUGAAUGGCUGGAGCGAGAGCUCUUGUUUACUGGCCAUCGACGGGGAGUGGUCAACAUCUGGAGCAAAACAAUUCACGAGGGACGAUUUGAAUUGGAGCUGAUCCGGCAGCUCCAUCAUACGGAUCCGAGCCGGGAUACUGGGGAGAAUAUCACGGCAGGAAUCAGUUGCAUUCUGGCCCUGCCGCAGGUGGUGUAUACGGGCGAUGAGAUCGGGCGAGUGUAUGAAUGGAGUUGCGUUCAGCGUCGGUAG